GUUACAUAAUCGAGUUUUCGUAGUCGCGUAACGAGCGCGUUCGCGCGUAGCGAAAUGCUGCCGGCGCGCGCGCCCGAUAAACUCCGUCUUCGCUUACCUAGCACCUUCGAGAAAUUUGCGAAAGAGUUAUAUCUGCUGUUCUAACGAUGUACGAGAACGCAUGACAAUGGACAGAUACCUUCCGUCUGUUUCAAGUGUCACUAACCGUGACUAAUAAGUAGAGACUGGACGAGAUUACGAAGGAGUCGACAGUUCUGUCAAACGACAUGAUUCUGUCGGAUAAGUGAAGCUGCCAUGAACUCUUUGACGUCGCUCUCUUCUUAUCUUUCGACAUUUCGAGUUUCGCGUUCUUUCGAUCAAACAAAGCGCGCGUUAGCUAUCACGGGUGCUGCGUUCCACUUGGCGAUCGCAUCGCCGCGAGCGAGUCAUUCUAUCUCUGUUGAACAUCAGUUGUGAGAAGCAAGGAUAGAACAACGCUCACGGCGUAGCGAUUGCCAAGUGGGAGCCCACCCCACGUUGUAAUGACUAUGGCCAAUGUAGAACGUCUCGACUGCCAGUCGUCUUAUUCGUCGUCUCGUAGAGGAGGAACGCUCCCGAUUCCGCGAGACAGGUAAAAGUGCGAGACAGGCGCGCUUUGAUCUUUCGCGUGCCAUUAAAAUACCGUAAGACCAGCAGGCGGGUAGAUCGCGUUGCACGGACAUCGUACGGACGGCUAAAGCCGCUGUAGAUUACUUGCCCCGACGUCAAACGCGCUCUCGCGAAAAAGAGAGAGAGAGAGAGAGAGAGAGAGAGAGAGGAUCCUUUGCUAUCUCGUUGCGAAAUUAUUCGCCCGGCCGGGCAGCAGCGAGUCUCUCUCGCUACAAUCGGUCCAAAUGAGCGAGCACGCGUGCGUGGGAUCGCCGAUCGAUUCUCGGGCCCUGCGCUCUCCGACCGCUGAUCUCUCCGAUACAAAGCCGAUAAUUUGUAACGUCACGCGGCGAGAUAAGGAACCGGUUGUAAUUUACGACGGGUAAUAAGUCUCCUAUCGCCGCGAUCGGGCGCGCACUAUCGGCGCUCGGAGGGAUGUCGGUUUAUGGAUUUUAGAAUAUUCCGUCGCUCCACGCGGGUACGUAAGCGCGCCCUUCUCUCUUUCUCUCUCUCUCUCUCUCUCUCUCUCUCUGCCGAGGCAGGGCGCGAUUAAACGAACGAACGAACGCGCGAGCAAGAGGGUGAGACGGCAGAACGAGGCGCGGCCGUCUUCCGAGCGUCUCGCCUUCGCGAGAUAUUGAACCGGGGAAUUGAAUUCGCAGUUAUUAAUAGCGACAAUUAUUCAACGCGCGGGGAGCGAGAAUACCAAUCGACAUCGACGAUAAAUCAGACGGGACCGGGAGGGUAGGGGAGGCUGGCGAGCAUUAUGUAAAAAUUGCAGACUCUCGAAACGACGUUCGUGCGCCGUCGCCGCCGUCGCCGACGACGUCGUCGUCGUCGUCGUCGUCGUCGUCGUCGUCGUCGUCAAUGGUGCCGUAUUGUCUGAUUGAACCUAUACACGCAUGUUCGUGAUUAGAUAAAACGGGGAGAAACGUGUGCGCGGUUAUACGUAUGACGCGCGCGCAAAGGCGCGGCAGUGUAAUUGCAAAUAUAGCAUACAGCGACGCUUAUCGUCGAUAUAUCCUUCCGCGAUUGACGCUCCGUCGUUAUCUCUUCUCUCUCUUUCGUGAUAAUCUUAGAUUAUACGGCUACGUAUUGGAGAUAGCAACAGAUAAGACGUAAUAUAUAUAUACUUUUUUUUUCAUGGUCACGCGAUGAACCGCGCUUUUAUGUGGAAUUUUAGGUCUCGCGACUGCUGAAUUAUCCACGUAUUAUCGAUUUGGACUACGGACUAUCGCGCGCUGUCGAAAUUUUGCCUCGACGAAACGUCAAUGGCAAAAGCGGCGUUCGAUAUUUCAUGCCGAUGGACAUUGGCGCGAAAGGUCGAAUUAACUCUCGUCCGGCACUCCGGCCCAAUCGAGGCGAAUUUUUCCCUGAAAAAUUAUGAAAUCGUGUCGGAAGCCACGCAUCUAAAUGUAUCACGUCGCACUUAACGACGUGCUUAUCGUUAAUCUUUGUUACGUCAGAUAUUAAUAGUCAAUUAAUACAUACAGUUGUGUGCAAGUUACACUGUAAUGGAAUUUUGCUAUUGUUAUUUAUGACUACGUCAUCGUUAGAGCCAACCGGGCACUCGAAAUGUUCUUAUGCGUUCUCAUUAAUCAUUCGACGCGUUAUCUCACCUUCGCUUUGUGCGAUUCCGCGUGUCCGAUUAAAAUCAAAUUCUCUCACGCGAGGAAGCUCCGUAAUUACAUUCUUUAGCUAAUUUCCCGUCAAACCGAAGUAGCACUAAUAUAAGCACCUGACCCGCGCGGGUGACGCUUCUUGCGACCGCGACUGUUAAUUUUCGCCUCGCGCGUUUACUGUUGCUCGUCACUUUUUAGAGUCAGUCACAUGAACACACAGGCACGCACACGAGGAAUACGCGAUUAGAUAGCAGGUGGCAAAAAGAUAACGUCCGCAGGGAGCGGCUUGCCGCCAUGUCGCCUGAAUAUUCUCGAGGUACGUUUACGGUCGAUUCGUUUUCGCGUGCGCACGCACGCACACGUACACACACACAGUCACGUGUAACAAACGUACACGGAGAGCAAUGCACACACAUGUGCUCUGUGCACAAUCGUGCACACGAGUUGUGGCGAGGGCAGAGCCGCAUUUAAUUCUGCAAGCUAUUAAUGUCGCGGGUAGUGCCUGAAAGGCCGCGUUGUCCGUCGAACGUUGUUCGUUUCUUUGCCUCUCCGUUCCUCGCACGUUCCUUGCUCGAUAAUGUCCGUCCGUUGCUCGUUACGUUUAAUCGCUCCGAAUGAAUGGAGCGACGUGCGCGUAAGCAUGUACACGCCGUAGCGCAAGCUGGCCCAGAAGCGACGAACGACACACGAAUGCACGCGUGCGUGCGUUUGCGCUCGAAGUGGAAGUUUGUGGCGAAUUCGCGUGUCGCGUGCGAAUAUCCGAAGAAGAAUCAAGUUAGAUUCCCGUCGGAGCGAGUUCGUAAAUCGAAAUUUCCGCUGAGGAAAGUAGUCCUUUUGCAAUAUCCCCGCGCGAUCCUUUAAUCUCAGAUAUAAUAUUGACAAUUGUGACUCGAUAACCGGGAUCAAGUUGGGAUAUUCCUCUCCGAGGAAUACAGUCUCGGCGAUGUGGUCUGGCUUCGCUUUUAAUUUUCGACGGCGGACAACCCCGACGGCGGCCGUGGUGGUUGUCUCGUGCAAAGAUUGAAUUGUGUCCUGUAUAUCGUGAAAGCAACGCGUGCGAGAGCACAUUCUCCCCCCGAUCCGAACAACGCGGCGCGAGACGUUGUUAAGAGUUUCCGCGGUAUAUACAGGAGAAAGCCGGCCGUUCUCGAGAGCGCCGAUAUUACCCCGAAGAAAUAUUAGCAAUAAACCAUUGCAUUACGUACACCGGACCCUCUCCUCCCUCCCUCCCUCCUGCCGCCCGACUGUCUGCCGGUGCUGCCGGCAGUCUCCUAUGGAGUCCGUCUCGUUUCUCGCGCCGUUUAGGUGCCAGCAACGCGACUCUUCUCGCAUUUCGCCGAUGAAAUAAAGGCUCAUUUUUCGACUGGGAAAUAAAGGAGAGUGGCUAUCGCCGUUUCCCACGUCUUAUCGUUCCUCCCUAGACGCGGAUAGUAUCUCCAGGCAAAAGCUAGAUUAAUUCCCCGGGGGUAGAUUCGGAGAGAAGAGAGAGAGAGAGAGAGAGAGAGAAAGGACGCGCGGGCAUAACUUGGCUCGUCUUUCCUCGCGUUUGCAUCGAUUUGACACACCGCAACACCGCCGCCAGUAUAUAUAUUCAAUACCGUGCGUACUUAGCUUUUAUUCUCUCCCCCUCGCCGCGGGGGCCCGCGCUCUUCCUCGUUAUGACGGCGCGCGUCCGAUAAGAGGAAAUCUAUUGUGAUGUUAACUGCAAGAAUUACGCGUAGAGUAAAAGCGGAGGAAGAUUGUAGCGCCACGCAGCGGCACCGUAGCAACUUCGCCAGCUGCGCAAAAAGCUUCCAGAGCCAUUAAUGACUGCAAAAUGCCACUCGCGAGCGGCUCGAUAUUUCAACGUUCGCGGGACCUCGACUCACCUUGUUGACUAUUCUUUUGGUCAUCUUCCGGGUUAGUUUAAAAACUUCACCUCUCAGCCUACACGCUCCUUUUCUCUUUCCGUGAUGAUUUUUUAAAUUUCGGCUUGAAAUGCAAAGAGGAAUUCGAUGAGGUAGUCCCCGCGGGCCGAUAAUAAUUGCGCUUACGUAACAGUGGUAGCGGCAUAAAAUUUGUAAGUUAUUACGCUACACUGAAAUUAUACCGCUCUCGCUCGUCUAGCAAAAAAGAGCCGCAGACGCGGGAUAUAUCGUGCCAUCUGUCGAUCCGGCGGGAGAACCGGUCUUGUAGAACCAAAAAUCGUUAAAAAAGAAACGGGAGGGAACGGGUUUUUAUUCCACAAUGCUUGCGCACGACGCGCUAUCAUAGACGUUCAAUUUUGGGAGCGACUUCGCGGUGACGUAAUUUCGUUCGUUUUAAAACUAAACAGUUUUGAAAUGCGACGCGACCUUCUCGCACGGGAUUACAUUCUGAAAUAAUACGCUCACGCGUCAGUCAUUUCCCCGCCUGUUACGUAAACUAGCUCACGUGUGUUCGUUCCCAGCGCCACGCGGUGCACCGUGUCGCCCGUGAAGCGUGACCUGUGUGAAUCGCGCGACUGGACUGACACUUUUCCGUCGAUUCGGAAUCGACAGUGGCUGUUCGAUUGUCGUUGUAAAUCCGGAGGAGCUAAUAACGUCGAUGGGGAGACGCGUGGAGGAGUACGAUUACGACGACGUCGAGCGCGAUCUAAAGCCAGGUGGAGGCCGCUACGGCUUUCACACAUGGAUAACCGUAAUCAUAGACAUAAAACAUACACUUAAACCAAAAAUCCAAUUGAGACUUUACUAUAGUUUUUUGUAUUCUAGAAGAAGAUAGAACUGCCGGUAAAUUUGAUCAUAUGCAAAGGUAAUUAAGAUUCGUACAUCUGUUUAAAAUUUUAGUUAUUUAGUCUGAAUUCUACUUAUACGGUCAUGUCAAUUUUUUUCUAGCUAGAAGAAUUCUAAAACAAUAUUCUGAUUGGCUUUUUAGCUUAAGUUUACGCCUCACGUCUAUGGUUACGACAAUCCAUGCGCAAAAGCCCUUAACCUUUUCGCAUUUCAGCCGCAACGAUACGAUAACGUGAUGACGUUACGAUUCGUCGUUGCGCAAAAUUCGCAAUUCCAAUUAGGCCGAUUGCGCAGUGCGAUAUUAAGGUAGAUCUCUGGUUUAAUUGCCGUUUACCCUCCGCCGCCGGUUUCUAUCCCCUUGCCCUCAUAUAUGUUGGACGUCUAUAUCUAAAAGAGGACCCGAGUAGAAAAAUUUCCAAGAGCACUGUUCAUUAGCCACAAAACUGGCCAGUUUUUACUAGCUAGGAUUUAUCAGUAAUUUUUUAGAGACAGGGGAAUACUAGUUAGAAAUUGGGCAAUAAAAAUGGUCAAUAAAUGCUGGACAAAGUAUUUCUGUUUAGUGAAAAUUCGAGAAAUACUGGUCAAUAUUUCUUGACCAGUUAUUGAUUAGAAACUAGACAAGAAAAAAUAGUAAUUGAAAGUAAAACUACAAUCGUCUCGAUAAUCAAUAAAUUUGCACGUGAUGAAGAAAAUAUAAUAUUUUACUACGCUGAGAAUAGAACGAUGUAAGCUAUGUUUGAUGGACGAUAUUUGCACAAAAAAAAGUUUGGUUAGAAACUAGCCAGAAACUGGUCAGUAAUUAAAAUUUUCCUGGCCAGUUACUGAUUAGAAAGAGGUCGCUCUUUCUACUUGAGAAUAUGACCGGGUUAGAUAUGACCAAGUUCUCCGGUCCGGUUUUGGCUUCGAGCUUCGUAGAGUAUAGCGCGCACGCUUUUGUCUCUCAUCCACCCCCGCCGGUGCGGUCUCCAGACUUAGUUCUCCGCGUACCCUCGCACACAGACUCGUAGCUCUUAUUCACCCCCCGGCGCGUUAUCGAUUCCAAUUACCUUAAAACUUUCAAUUAAUUCAGCUGUCGAGCGUUUUACGCGCGGCGGGACCGCGCGACCAUCGGCCAUUUCUCGGGCGCAGAUGUCGCGGGCCACUGCGGAGAGCAGCGAUGUUGAAAUUUAACAUCGGUGCCUUCUAGCGCGCGAUAUCGAGAGAAGAACACCGUUAUCGGUGCACCACCGCAUCGCGACCAGAAAAAUUUGCCCCACGGUCCUGAUCAGAUUGAUCAGUUAUCUGGUUUGUACAAGGUGAUGCCAUUGAGGAGUCCCAUGCAACGCAGCGUGGCAAUCAGCAUCUUAUUAAUAAGGAUCAUUAAUAUUUAGAAACUUAUUAAUAAUUAGCACCCGACAACGUCACCACAUCACACAAGCCAGACACUGAUUGGGAUCAAUCCGAUCAGGGACCAUGGGAUAAAUUUCUAGCCGAGAUACUUGAAUUUGAUGAGCGCGUCGCUAACGAACGAGCGGGAGGUACCUCGAUACUCCAUUAAAUUUCACUUCCACGCUAGGGAAGUCACGUAUGAACGGCCUCCCCCAUUUUAUCGGCUCGUCACGGCCGGUCGCCGAUCGACGCGCCGUUUCUUUCUGCCCGCUUGCGAGCCGUACGCAUUCGCGGCGAACGCGAUAACGUUCCGUUCUCACGCUGAUAAACCGCGGUCGAGAGAGCGCGGGCGAUAAUGGCCGGGGACAGUGAGCUCGCAUCGACCCGGCUGAAUGACGAUCUCUUUUCGGAAAAUCCGCUGAAAAUAAAACGGGUACGAUAACUCGCGUAAACAGGUAGCGGGCGCCGCGAUAAAAUUUCUUUGUUGCGCCGCUUAAUAAAGCUAGACCGAAAUGUUAAUAUCGUUGUGGCGUGCGCCAUGCUCCGCUGUUCGCCACUGUGUGCGAGUUUAAUGUUUGAGCUACCAAUAUUUGCGCGGUGGAAUAUUAUAUCAACAUUUUGCGAGACUCUAAUUUCGAAAGUGAUAUAAGUUCACUCUGUUCACGGCACGCGGCCGGUGCGAGAUAAAUCAAACAGUCGGAUGUUGUUUCAUUUUCGGAAUUAAAUUGAUUCGCCGAUUCCCAUAGCAGCGUCGUCGGGGCCCGCGCGUACAAGAUCGCUUACGUACGUUAUCGGUAUUUAAAUGCGCAGAUCACAGAGGCACUCGGCUCGGUAUUUCGCCAAGGCAUCCGUGCGAUUCCAGUCCGGACGCCGAUCGGUCGAAGUUACGUCCGAGACGCGUGCCGAUCGCCUCUUCAACGUGGUCGAGUUCUGACGAGUAAAAAAUUUAUACGUCUUUCGAUUGAGAGAGAGAGAAAGACUCUGCGAACGAUAACACAGUGAGAUGAUUCGAUGCACAAUAAGCGAUAUCUCGUAAUCGACGGGAAAUAUUGGAAGAAUGAACGAAGGAAGUAAAAAGCUAUUUCACGACGCUCUUUACCGCAAACGGCGUGCGCGAGUUCUGUCUCGCGGGAGAGAAAGAGAGAGAGAGCUCGCCGUGAAAGCGACAGGCGGCAGUUUCCUGGCUCGGUCAACGUACAGUAACACACAUUACAUACACACACAUACACACAUCAGAUUCUCGCGGGAUUCUCGCCGGGCAACGGCAGCAGCGGCGGCGGCGUCGUAUUUCCGUGACGGGGAUCAGAAAAUCGCGAGCGCGCGCCCACGACGAUGGCGGGAAGAGGCGGUUGGCCGACCCGCGUUUCACGCCGGUAGACACGAAAAACAUAGUUAACAGCUGCCGUCGCCGGCAUCGGCGUCGGCGUCGACGGCAUCUCCUUCGUCGUCGACGUCGUCGUCGUCGUCGCCGUCGUCGCCGUGGCGACGGUGGCGGCGGCUACGGCUGCACCUGUCGCGUCUGUUAACGCGCGACUAAAAUACGGAACGCGCGAUGCGCGCGCGACGACGACAGUGUGUGUGUGUGUGUGCUCGCGCGCGCGCGAGAGCUCGUGAGCGGAAUCGUCCCGCCGACGAUUACGAGACUUCUUUCUCUCUCUUUCUCUCUUUUACCUUUUCCCACCCAUCUACUCAGCCACCCUUUUCCCCGGCCUUCUUCCUGGCGAACCACUCGACAGGAUGUACCUGUCCGAUAGGAUGAGGUGUUCGGCGCGCCUUCCGCCUUCCCGUCCGCAGAAUUUUUCAAUAUUCUCGCCCGCGCCGGAGGAAGAUUAAAAUGCGGAAAGACGGGCUUCUUGUUCCCUUUUCUUUUCCCUUUUUUCACCGUGGGCUCAGCUUAUAUAGCUGCUGCUGCGCGGAGCGAUGUACAGGCUUGGGGAUUGGUGGUACAAGGUAGAGAACGCUCAGAGUUUGCGGUCUCGACGCGCUUCAGCCUUUUCAAACAACGAUCUCAUGGAGAAAAAUCAUGAAAUAUCGUUGAUAAUUAGGGUCAGUGGAUUGCGAAUAAGUUCUCGUUUUGUUUCUAUAUUAAACCGUGCAAAUUUCGUCAAAUUUGAAGGAUCAAUGCAGCACCUCAAGGUGUAACGUUUAACAGGUUGUUGCCUUUUGAUGCUGCAAAAAUAGGUAGACACAAUAUAUGAAUAAAUAACACACACAAGCUUCCCAGUUUCGUCUCUUUUUUUAGUCGCGUUGGAAAUUUUGAUAAGACAUAAACAUACAAAAUAAGUGAAGAAGAAGAAAUUAUAGAUAUAGUUGUUGAUUAUGUUAGCUCAUCAUAUAUUCUGUUUUGAAGUCAGCUAUUCUGGUCAUCAUUAUCGUAGGCAGGCAAUCACAUGAAAAUACGCGUCGAUUAGAAACGCAACGUUAAUUAAUAAUUGUCUAUUAAUCUAGUAAUGUUAGUUGAACGUUACGAGCGGUAUUUCAAUAUACACGACUCUGAUACGUUCGAUUAUGCUUCGAAAAAAUCUUGAAAGUUUUUAUAGCGUUGAAUAUUCUCUCAACUACAUUCAGUGUACGUUUAGUCCCGUGGAUGCAUUACCAUUGAUAGGUCGAUAAUUGCUUUAACAGUUUUUGGUCAGUCGCAUCUGCAUCUAGGUAUGCAUUUUUUCAUGAUUAUUGAUUAAUAUAGAACUUAAUCAAGUCAUGAGAAGUGUUUAGCUAGAAAGAAUGUGGCUGCUCGGAAAUAGUUAAUGACUAUCGAUGUGUUGAAUAAAUCGAUCUCUCUAGUAGAUCGAUCUAUCGAAUGGUAAGGCAGCCAAUCAUCUAGCUUAUACGGGAUUGCGGCACGCUGAUUGGCUACCGCGACGCCACCUGCCGCGCCGUUCCGUGUGUGACAGAGCGCGCAAUCUUUUUGCAUCGAGCCGCCGCCAUUCACACAUCGAUCGACAUCGCUCCGCGUUUUACCCUUUUGUCGUUCGAAAGAGAGUCUUAUGCGGAAAUAAGUAUCGGGAGUGCCGAAAUAUAUAGGGAUGUGUGAUCGUCGGGAAGUAUCGUAAGUACGUCAGCAGCGAAUAAUCUCAUUUCCCGGCGUAUGCCACCGGCGCUUGUCACGACGUGUCGAGUAAGCGUCUUUCGCACUUGUAAGUACCACUGGCUCACUCAAGUGGUACAAUCGUGGGAUAUAUUAAUCGGAGAUUGGGGAUUCGGUGAUAAUUCGAGUAAAAGAGGAAGUUAUAACAACGUCAGAGUCAUACGCGACGCCGAAUCGCGAGCGAUAACGUUAGUUUGUUUAGUGCGCGUGCGAGAGAGAGAAAGAGGGGUACUUUACAGAGUGCAUCCUUGUCGGACCGUUCGUAUGGUGGCGCUUAUUGUCGGCGUACGUUACCUCAAUUACUCGGCCAUCUUGGAUUUCGAUCUUUUCGCACCGACAACCGCUAUUGACACAUCGAUCGACAUCGCUCUGUGUUUUGUGCGUCUUUCUGCUUCUCGAAAGUGAGUCUCGGUGCGGAAGCAAGUAUCGGGGAGUGCCGAAAUAGCGAUGUGCGGUCGUCAGGGUGUGUCGUCAGUACGUAUCAGGGAGUAAUUUCCCCGUUUCUCAAUUUAAUGCAGUCGGUACUUGUCGCGCCGAUGUCUCUCACAUUUGUUAUCGCAGACUUACUCAAGUAGCAACAGAAUCGGACGAUUGUCAGGAUUAAAAAGGAAUGAGUAAUGCGACGUUAGUUGGAAAGACAGAUAGCUAAUAUAAUGCUAGAGAUACACGCGAAUUUUAUUACGCUACGUUCUUUUGCCAGUAAUGCAUACACGCGCUACUCGUAGGCGCGCGACGACGCUUGGUGGGAGUGGCUUAUCUCGCUGCUUAUCUCACCGAUUGUUUUUGUGCGCAUUUUUUCGCGCGACCUAGACAUUACGUACCGAAUCGACGAGCUACGCACGUGCCGCGCGCGGAGCGCGUCAUAAUAUUAUAUUAUUAGCUGAUUGAAAUAUCUCGUAGACUUUUACGCUAUUGUGCGUAUCGGGCUCUCGUCGGCAUCGCGUUUAUUAACGCGUUACUCCGAUCGAAUCGUGUUACGUGAGUGUCAGUGCUAUGGUGGAAUAUCCGGAACAGCUAGGAGCCGGAUGCCGGAUUGGGGCGCUAGGACGCAGGAUGCAGGACGUAGGGGCGUUGGCAGCGAUAUAUCAUAUAUUUCAAGGGUCGAUGUAAUCGGGAGAAGCCACCGUGCAAGUAUUUCCAUCCUCCGCAACAUCUGAAGGAUCAACUCCUGAUAAACGGUCGCAACCACCUAGCAUUGAAAAAUGCGUUGAUGCAGCAGAUGGGCCUCACGCCGGGUCAGCCUCUCGUGCCUGGCCAGGUACCAGCAGUGGAGGCAACGGCACCUCCGGCACCACACCAUCACCUUCAACAGCAAAUCCAGCAGCAACUUCUCGCUACCCACGCCUUUAUGGCGACGAAUCCGUACCUGACCGGUAUGCCGCAGGUUGGCAAUACGUACAGCCCGUACUUCGCGCCCAGCCCGAUAAUGCCGGCGAUAAUGGGCCCGGCAGACCCGACGGGCGUCGGCAGUCCGCUCGGCGUGGUGCCGCAGACGGUGGCGAUGCCGCAGAAGAUGCCGCGUACCGACCGCCUCGAGGUAUGUCGCGAGUUUCAACGCGGGGCGUGCAAACGCGGCGAGACGGAGUGCCGGUUUGCGCACCCCCUCGAGACGGUGCAGGCGAACGAGGACGGCUCUGUGACGGUCUGCAUGGACGCUGUCAAGGGCCGAUGCAAUCGGGACCCCUGCCGCUAUUUCCACCCCCCUCUGCACCUUCAAGCCCACAUUAAGGCCGCACAAUCUCGGGCUAGCAUUGCGACGGCGACGAUGCCGACGAACGUGACGGGAAUAGAUGCGUUGGCUGGCGGAGUAUCAGGAGUGCCGGCAACUGCGAUGCCCGGAGGACUUCAGAGCGCCGGUAUGGCGAGCAUCGAGCUCGGCAAGAAGCGGAUGCGCGACUCCAACGAUGAUCUGCUAAUGAUGGACAUGAAGUCUGUCGGGUCGUUCUACUACGAGAACUUUACCUUCCCAGGAAUGGUUCCGUAUAAACGACCGGCGGCCGACAAGUCCGGCGUGCCGGUCUAUCAGCCUACCGGCGCGACGACCUAUCAGCAGUUAAUGCAGCUGCAGCAGCCGUUCGUGCCUGUGUCAUGUGAGUACACUGGAACACCACCCCUACCCACCCAAACCUCUAACCAAUCGGUCGUGCAACCCCCCAACGUGCAAAGCAACCACCACGCGAUGGUGGUGCAGUCCUCCUCCUCCCAGGGAGCCGCUGGCGCCACUGUCAAUAACUGCGCCGACGCCAACAAUGGCGUGCUGAUGGAUCCCUGCAACAAUCCACCGCCGCCACCUCCGACCGCCGACAAUAACAGUAACAAUAAUAACGGCAGUAACAAGCAGCCGGUUACCGCACAGAAUCACGACGUCGAAAACGCGCGUAACUCCCCCGAAUUGAAACACUCGAGCCCGUCGUCGCUGCAGCAGCAACAGCAGAUACAUCAGCAUCAACAGCAGCAGCAGCAACAACAGAUCAACCAGCUGGCGCUGUCGGCGGCUGCGUGCGUGCCGCCGGCGAUGAGUCCGUUGACCUCGAUGGCCGGCUUGACCUCGAUGCCCGGCGUGGUGAACAUGGCCUCGAUGGCCUCCAUGGCCUCCAUGGCGAACAUGCCGUCUAUAACGAACAUGAGCUCCAUGGGCAACUACAAUGCCUCGAACAUAGCGAGUCUGAACAUGCUCAACAGUCUCGGCAUGUCCGGCCUACCAGCCCCUCUCGAUCCCGCGGCUCUCGCUAAAGAGGUCGCCCAGAAGAACUAUGCCAAGGCCAUCAAGUUGUCGCAGGCCCCGCAGUCUUACGCCGGCAUCAGCCAGCUCGCCGCGCUCAAUUACACCGGCGUCGCUCUGAACAAGCAGAACCUCGUAAAUCCCGCUGCCGCGGCGGCGGCAGCGGCGGCAGCCGGGAAUCCCGCGGUAGCUGCUAGUCUGCAAGCCACCGCGGCGACUCCCAGACCGGUCAUCUCGAGUCUGGCCGGUAUCCCGGGCGCUCUGACCUCACCGUUGUCCGCGGGCAUCCUAGCCUAUUCGAGACCGCCGCCCACGGCGACACCUAUCAAUCCCUAUUCCCUCAUUAGACAGCAGAUCUUGCCGAAUCCCUACGUCCAGGCGUCGAUAUCGGCCAUGCCUGGCGCGACCAUGCAGACCUCACCCUACGUCCAGAAUCCGUACGCCGUCUUACCCGGGGUAGCCAGCGUACCCGGAGUAGCGGCCGGCGUUGCAGCCGCGGCUGCGGCCGCGGGUGUACCGACCGUUCCGCAGAUACCGCAGAUCGGCAAUCCGGCGACGAUAGCGGCGCAGCCGCAGGUGGCGAUCCCCGUUAGCUCCGGCGUGAUCAUGCAGCCGUACAAGAAGAUGAAGACUUCGUAAAUUCCUCGCACGCUGCCGGCUCGGGAGGGCUCGUCCUCUCUCACGAGAGUGCUGAUUCCUUCCUCUGAGCGCCUUCCGUUCUCUCCCUCGCGAGAACGAGCGAACGAGUCCGCGCGAGAUAGCCGCACCAUCGCGGUCGGUCGCGGUGGUUCGCGCAUUAGGUAUAAUUCUAGAAUAUCUUUAUGAAGAUUAGCAGUCAAUUUUACGUACACGUGUACGCAAACGAUGAUCCGCGUUCAACUUCGCGGCGGUUAUUUUAAGUAUUUAGAAUAUCUAGUAUCCGAGCGGUUAUAAUCACGUCCGGGAAUAGUCGUGGGUUUCGUGUAUAUUUUGCUUUUCGAAAGAUCGAGUCGGAAAUUCGUCCGAAUUGAUUGUAUUAGUUCGCGUGAUCAGGUGGGAAUUAAUCGCGUAGAAUAUCGGGUUCUCCACAGAAUCGCAAACACACCGGUGCACCUCAAUCUGCGAACACGUCCUUUUUCAUACGUUUUUAUUCCCACUUUUUCUAUAUUUCGCUGGUGUAAGUAGGCGUGUUCCCUCUAAAUUGGCUGUUUGAAAACGAGGAAAAAAUCGAAUUGCAAUUGUUUUAGCUUUAAUCUAUUUAAUAUUACGAAAAAAGUCAUUUAAUUCAUCAGUGGUAUGGUGGGAAACGUGGCGGUAACAAACAUGCGUGACGCCGAUAUUAAAUCGCCGGUGCCGAGAAAAAAGAAAAGAGAAAAACGAGAAAUCGGUCUUCGUUCGCGAGAGGGACAGAAUGUUUAGCUGAGCGAUUGCGGCGAGGCGAGAAGUGGUGGAUGCUGGUGUAAAGAGAGGAGAGAAAAAAAGAAAAGACGAAAAAAAGGAAGAAAAAGAAAACAAGUUCCGAAAAUAGAUUCAUUUUCUAGUCAGACAUUGUCGAUGAACAGUGCCUUAUUGACCCGAUUCCAUUUGGAGCGCUUUGAGCGUACAACUGCGAGAAAGAGUAAAGAGAGAAAGAGAGAGAGAGAGAGAGAGGGAGAGAUGGGAGAGAGAAACGACGACGACGACGAGCAACGCGAGGAGAUAUGGGAUCCUUUCCCGUCAUAUUACCCGCUUGUUCGAGCGACUAAGGGAGAUACGUGACUACCGUUCCGAUCUUGUCUCUGUCGGAGUGAAUCUGGAACGAUCGAAAACCGCGCUCGAAAGAAAAAGAGGGCGGGAGAGUCUGCGAGAUAUUGAGCGUGGCUGGAGAGUCACGCCGAUUUAUAUACAUUUAGUCUUUUAUUUCCUAUUUUAAUGUUCUCGUAGGAUAUAAAAAAAGAAAAACAGCGAUUUGCGAUGCACUUGUCGCGGAGGCCGAUCAAGCUUCGCCGAUUUAUUUAGGGCUAGUUUACAGUAGAAAACUAGCGAAAGUGUUGUGUGUCGUUGCGUGACUCACAUUUUAGUUUUUUCUGUUUUUCUUUCUCUUAUUGUAACUUUUUUAGGAUCGUAAAUCGUAAAUUAGUCAAUUCGCGCCCGCGUUCGGCGCCGCAAUAUUUUACUCUUCUUUUUUUCUUAAUCUCGAAACUACACAAAUUUCUGUGUUAUUAGCUCAUUCGUCCAAAUUUUAACGUGUAACGUCCGCCCCAAAGCAAGACGAAAAACGACGCUCGGCCUAUUGUAUGUUAUGCGCGAGAUACUUGCCUUUAAGUCCUUAGUAUUAAUUAACGCUCGCGAUCGCGGAGUUCUCGAGAAUGAUUAUCGUCGGAUCGUUCUAUUAGAUCUUAUUUCGCUUGUUUAUGUUCACUAGCAAAAGUUCGAAAUUCUAUUCGCUCGUUUAUCGCGGAUGGUUCCGUUAACGAGGCUAUAAAAAUAGUCACGCUUUAGCGUUACUUAGCAUGUUAUUGAGAGAAAAGGAGAGCUGUUUUCUUCGUGCCGAUGUCGGGAGUUGUGCCGUGAAUUUUUACGAGACUCGCGCCGCGAAUAUAUUUGUUAAUGUUUGCCGGACAGGUUGUUUAAAGAAAAGAAUUUUAUUGAUUUGACUUGUGUAUUUUUAAUUGUUUAAUUUAAGAGUAUAUCACAGCUGUGGUAACGUAUGUUUCCUAGAAACACCUUGCACACAUCGACGCGCAUAAACUCGACCGGAAAGAGUGCGACUAUUCCGGCGAGUCCUUAGUUGUCCUAUAGUUAUAUGCGUAGUAUUUAGACACAUAGCCGUUCGUUUUACUUAGCGUAUGUAUCUUUAGCGUUAAGCGUGCUCGGACACAACGUACUCUUCUGACGGAUUCAAUUCGGGGGAGUCUGUUGCACACGCUGUGAACUUCGUCAAUUGCGACCUACGAGCUUAUGCAUUUAGCCGAAUGAGGAAGAAAGAAAGAAAGAAGGAAGGAAGGAAAGAAAGAGACAAACACACAAAAGGAAAGAAAAAGGAAAAGGAAAGAAAAACGUGGAGAAAGAAAAGAAAAGACACGAAUGAGAAACGACGUGUCCGCGAAACACGUGGAUGCAUUUACGUGGAGCUCGAAGAUGAGAGAGAGAAAAGGCAGAGAAAAAAA